UGCAACAUGCUGCACAUCCUGUACCGGGGGCCGGAGGUCACACAGGAGGAACAGGCCUGCGGACACCUGCUCAAGUCUCGCCUGCUGCAGAGGUGCGUGUGGAAGGUGGAGUGUGGUACGGUGAUCUCCCCGGUGACCCCCCCUCCCCACCUGGAGGGGUCGGAGCUGACCUUGACCCAGCUGUCGGGGACGGACACGGAGAAGGAGCCGUCGUCGUCUGACGAGGGGACGCCGAUGGACGAGGACGUGUGCGUGAUGGGCGCGGUCCUGCCGCGCAUCAAACUCUCGCCCGCCAUCAUGCACAAGCUCCGCAAGCUGUCGGGAAGGGCGGCUCUGCAGUUCAGACCAAGCAUAAGAGAGGUUCUGCAGCCGGAUGUUCUGGAGGAGACGGUGGUUUCCGUGGUGAUAAAGCACCUGGGGCUGUUUGAGAUUCUGCAGCAGCUCAGCGUGAGCGAGGAGGGAACCCAGACGGCAGACUUCCAGCUGCUCUGUGACAUCAUGGCUGAGACCUUCAAGAAACUCAACGCCUUGGAGAGGCAGCUACAGGCGCUGGCUGAGAUGGAGCAGAAGUGGCAGAACGAUGUGGAGGACGCAGGUCAAGGUCAACUGCAGGACAACACGCCCUUCUUCAUGAACUUCCACCUGCAGGAGACCACGCGGAAGGACCUUGCCCUGCUGUGUUACUUAAAGGAGGUGGAGCUGAACCUGGUUGACCUUGAGGGAACCAUUAAGACGCUGAAGGAGCUGUUUGACAAGGACGUCUCCACGGCGACCAAAAAGGACGGGCAGGAGAAGCCGUUCCUCCUUAAGACAAAGCUGCUCCUUGAGAAGCUGCUGGCCAGGGCGGAGCUGCUCCUCCACGUUACCAUAGAAACGGAGGAGAGUGGGCCGGGAUUGGCCAGAAGCAUGUCCCAGCAUCCCAGCGGCAUGCCCCCCAGCACAGACACCCCCCUGGUGUCCCCGCACCUGGCCAGGAGCAUCUCAGCCCCCUCCACCUUCGACGCUGAGUCUGGGGGGAUCUCCCAGGGCAGAGACCUGAACAGCGCGGGCAGGUAG